AUGGAAAAUUUUCGUGAAUAUGACAUCUCUGGCGACUCUGCUAUCAGAUGGAGGGAACAAGCUGCUAGGGUUAAACCACCGAUGAAGGAGUCAGAGAUGAUUGGCGUUUUUCUCCAGGCGCAAGAACCUGAUUACUUUCACAUUCUGCUUUCUGCAGUAGGAAAGACAUUCGCUGAAGUUAUUAAGGUAGGGGAAAUGGUGGAAAAUGGCAUAAAGUCUGUAGAGAUUGUAAGUCAAGCUGCCUUAAAAGCCACAACACAAGUGCUUCAAAAUGGUUCUGGAAAUAUUGAAGGGAAGAACAGAAGGGUGGAUGUGGCCGCUAUUGUAUCAGUGCCUAGGACUCAUGUCCAAGGUAAUUCCUCACAACACUAUUUUUCUUCCCAAGCUCCACAAUAUUCUGUCCCAUACACUCUAUAUCAUGUUUUUAAUGCACAACCAAUUGCACCCCUUUCUUAUCCACAAUGGCGUGCACCAACUCCACAAAAUCAUCCACCACCCCCACAAGUUCAUCAAAAUACUGCUAGAAUUCCUUUCCGUCCUAGACCACAAUACAAAAAGGGAAAUGGCGUUAAAGAUGAGUUCACUCCUAUUGGGGAAUCGUAUGCUUGCUUGUUCCAAAAAUUAAGGACGUUGAAUGUUUUGAGUCCUAUUGAGAGAAAUAUGUCUAAUCCUUACCCGAGAAAUUUGGAUUAUUCUCAACAUUGCGCAUAUUGUUCUAAUGCCCCAGGGCACAACAUAGAGAGAUGUUGGUAUUUUAAAAGGGCCAUUCAGGAUUCGGUCGAUUCUAAUCGAAUUAUAGUUGAAAGUCAAAGUGGACCCAACAUCAAUCAAAAUCCAUUGCCGAGGCAUACUGAAACAAACAUGCUAGAAAUGAUGAAGGGUCAUGAAGAGUUUACAUCUCUGUAUAAGCCAAUCUUUAGGGUUGGAACUGGCAUUGAGAAGUUAGAAAAUGUUGUUGAUUUAACAAAAAUAAUGCCUUUAGGGGCGGAAAGUGUGUUAGAAAAGUUGAGUCCAUCAAACACACCCAUCUUAACUGUGAAAAGAUCCCUUGAAGAUGUUUGGGCAAGUCCGAGUAAGGCAAAAUUGUUUAUUCCAAAAAGGCCAAACAAACCUAUCUUGAUCGUGCAAGGGGCCCAUAUUCCUCUUGUGAUUAUCAGGCCAGUAUCCCAUCUCCCAAUGACUAACCCCAAAGCUGGUCCUUGGAACUAUGAGCCCACUGUCGUGACAUACAAGGGAAAAGAAAUUGAUGAAUAA